AUGAUCUCGCUACGACAAGUCCUCCCGCGGACGGCCUUCCGCCGCGCGUACGGCACGGUGCAGUCGACCUCGCCCAGUGCGGCGGCGCUGGCCAGUCGAGUGCCGGCGGUGCUGCGUGAGGCGACCGAUGCCACCACGCCACGCACCAACUGGACCAAGGAGGAGAUCCAGCAGGUCUACGAUACCCCGUUGAACCAGUUGACCUAUGCUGCUUCCCUCAUCCACCGCAAAUUCCACGACCCCUCCGCCAUCCAAAUGUGCACUCUCAUGAACAUCAAAACCGGCGGCUGCAGCGAAGACUGCAGCUACUGCGCGCAAUCCACGCGGCACAACACGGGCCUAAAGGCGACGAAGAUGUCCGCCGUCGACGAAGUCCUCACGGCAGCCCGCACCGCCAAAGCUAACGGAUCCACGCGGUUCUGCAUGGGCGCGGCGUGGCGCGACAUGCGGGGCCGCAAGACCUCGCUCAAAAACAUCAAGUCGAUGGUCAGCGGCGUGCGCGAGAUGGGGAUGGAGGUGUGCGUGACGCUGGGCAUGAUCGACGAGGCGCAGGCCAAGGAGCUGAAGGACGCCGGCCUGACGGCCUACAACCACAACCUCGAUACCUCGCGCGAGUUCUACCCGUCCAUCAUCACGACGCGCUCGUACGACGAGCGGCUGCGCACGCUGGCGAAUGUGCGCGAUGCGGGCAUUAAUGUGUGCAGUGGUGGGAUCUUGGGGUUGGGCGAGAAGGAUGAGGAUCGCGUGGGGUUGAUUUUCACGGUGGCGAAUCUCUCCAAACACCCCGAGAGCUUUCCGGUGAAUGCCCUCGUGCCGAUUCCGGGGACCCCGUUGGGCGAUCGCAAGAUGAUCCCCUUUGAUCGGUUGUUGAGGACGGUGGCCACUGCCAGAGUCGUGUUGCCGGCGACGAUUGUGCGGUUGGCCGCGGGCCGGAUCUCGUUGAGUGAGGAGCAGCAGAUCGCGUGUUUCCAGGCGGGCGCCAAUGCGGUGUUCACCGGUGAGAAGAUGUUGACGACGGAUUGUAAUGGGUGGGAUGAGGAUCGUGAGAUGAUGGAGCGCUGGGGGUAUUAUCCUAUGAAGAGCUUUGAGAGGGAGGGGUUGGAGGCUGAGGUGCCCGGCAAGAAGGAGGAGGCCGAGCAGGCGGCUGUGUUGGAGGAGAAGUGGUUAGAUUUUGAGAAAUGGCAUUUAUGA